CUGAGAGUUUCUCUGUGCGAGUGCAGAUGGCAAUAAAAAAUGGCUCUGUUGCCCCUGAGCGAACACAGCUGAUUGCAGAUGUAGGGACCUUUUAUUAUGGUUUGUCCAGCCACCCAAAGCAAGGUGACUACAAGAGGAUUGCCAUUUUAGUGUGCGAGAAAUUCCCUGAGUUGAGAGAUUUCAAUCAAGCAAGCUAUUGGGUAUCAAUCCAGAAACAAUUGUCGCAAUUCUUCAGAAACCUUCGGCGGCGGACAGUUAACAAAGCGAUGCAUGGACAACCCCAUGGCCAUGCAAAUGAAAGUGCAUCAAAGAAAAUAAAACUGACUGCAGAGGAUGAUGAGCAAGCUCAAAAAAGAAAUAUGGAGCUUUUGAAAAAAGCAAAACCUGGUGCAAUGGCUCCUAAGACAUUUGCAAAACUCUUUGUCGACACAUUUAAUGAGCGGAGGAAAUUUAUCGAAAAUCAAGCUACAUCUUCUACAGAGGUCUUGGAGGAAUGUCCAUAUCUUGGUCAUCCAAAUGUUGUAAGAAAAGAAGUUAGCAGAAUCAUUGGGCAGAAAAAUUGGGAAAAAGAGGCUGAAAAGAAGUUGGAGACUGCAUUGAAAGCUGUCAUACAAAUUAAGGAUAAGGAAUGUGAAAUGAGAAGUGAACAGGUUGUGGAGGCUGUGGAGUAAAUUGAGAGAAAGACAAAAAGGAACAAAGGAACAACAACAAGUGUUCUAAAAUUCAAAGAUCCUGCAUCCACCAUGAGACCAGAAACCUUGUUCAAAGACAAGAAUGUCGAGUUUCGCUUGGUUGUGAUUGGGUCUCCUGAGGAGGUCAACCAAGUUUUUGUGGCAGGUGAAGACCAGUCAUUUAUUGAGAGUGAAGGUAUACUCCAAGGUUUGAUCGACCUGCUUUGUUGUUACUAUGCAUAUCACGUCUCCUACCCUGAAAGUAUGGAAGGAUGCUUGCUUUUCCUACAAGACAUUCUUUUGCCAACAAAUGAUGGCAACUACAGAGGAACAAAAUUUUCCUCAUUUAUGGCAAAGGUGCACCAAGGAAUUAAGGACAAUUCUGAUUAGAACAAUUUAUACAUGCCUGGACAUUCAUGCUUAUAUUAUAUGCAUGCCAUAUAUUUAAGGCAAAUUAUUAUUAAGGCAAAUUUUCCAUAUGACUUUUAAAUAUUUGUUGUGAAUAUAUGUAAGUGUUUUCUUGUAUGAUAAUGUUUUCUAUUUUUAAUACAUAUUUCACUGUUUAUGGACAAACUGUUCUGACUAUUCAUUCUAUUUAGAUAAUUGCCCUAGGCAAUUUGAUCUUGUGUGUUGGGUAGCACACCUUAGUGUGUUCCAAAACACACCUUGCACCACCUAGCAGUAUGUGUCUUGGAACACACCAAAGUUGUGUAGGAAAACACACCAAAGUUGUGU